AUGCUUUUAUUAGCCAGUCAAACUAUUCUAUCUAUCUAUCUAUCUAUCUAUCUAUCUCAGAAAUUUGUCAUUAUCUAUCUAUCUAUCUAUCUAUCUAUCUAUCUAUCUAUCUAUCUAUCCCAGUCUGUUCAUCUCUCUCUCUCUCUCUCUCUCUCUCUCUCUCUCUCUCUCUAUCUAUCUAUCUAUCUAUCUCUGUCUGUCCGUUUGUCUAACUUCUUCUCAUAUAUAUCUAUCUAUUUGUCUAACCCAGUCAGUUCAUAUCUGCCUAUUUAUCUAUGUAUCUAUGUCAGUCUGUUCAAAUCUAUCUAUCUAUCUAUCUAUCUAUCUAUCUAUCUAUCUAUCUAUCUAUCUAUCUAUCUAUCUAUUUCCAUCUGUUCGGAUCCGUCUAUCUCAACAUAUUCAUAUCUAUCUAUCUAUCUAUCUGUUCACCUCACCUAUCUAUCUAUCUAUCUAUCUAUCUAUCUAUCUAUCUAUCUAUCUAUCUAUCUAUCUAUCUAUCUGUUCACCUCAUCUAUCUAUCUAUCUAUCUAUCUAUCUAUCUAUCUAUCUAUCUAUCUAUCUAUCUCCAUCUGUUCGUAUCCGUCUAUCUCAACAUAUUCAUAUCUAUCUAUCUAUCUAUCUAUCUAUCUAUCUAUCUAUCUAUCUAUCUAUCUGUUCACCUCAUCUAUUCAUCUAUCUAUCUAUCUAUCUCUAUCUAUCUAUCUAUCUAUCUGUCUGUUCACCUUAUCUAUCAUUAUCUAUCUAUCUAUCUAUCUAUCUGUUCACCUCACCACCUAUCUAUCUAUCUAUCUAUCUAUCUAUCUAUCUAUCUAUCUAUCUAUCUAUCUAUCUAUCUCCAUCUAUUUCGUAUCCGGUCUAUCUCAACAUAUUCAUAUCUAUCUAUCUAUAUAUUUAUCUAUCUGUUCACCUCACCUAUUCAUCUAUCUAUCUAUCUAUCUAUCUAUCUAUCUAUCUAUCUAUCUGUCUAUCUGUUUCCUUUCUUUCCCUUUUGCUUUAUUCCUUUCUACUCUUUAUUUCUCAGUUUCUAAUUCUUCCGUAUAUUUUCACUUUCAUUAUCUUCUUCUCCCACCCUCCCUCUCUUUCUCUCUGUUUUUUUUAACUUUCUCUCUCUCUCUCUUUAUCUUCUUUAUCUUCCUUUGUCUCUUUCUGCCUUUCUCUUUCGUCAUCUACUUCAUUCCUUCCUUUCUCUCACUCUUUUCCCUAUCUUCCUUCUCGCUGCCAAUUAUUCUAUCAAUACCCUUCUCAUUAUACGCUUACUUCUUCUUUUUUUCUUAUGUCCCCCUCUCUUCCUCUGAAUAUCAUUCGUUUAUUUUCUCCGCCCUUUGUCGUUCUUUACCUCCUCUUUCUUCUUAG